AUGGGCACACAGGAGAAAAAAGACAUUUUUAUCAAGCCAAUGUGCCAAGACCACCAAGAACACCAAGAACCCAAGACCUGGAUUGGCUGGCUCCGCGCUCCGAACCCGGUCGAGGUUCAAGCCUCAACAGCCACGACGACUUGGCGGCCAUCGAGAACCAAUGUCAAACCCCAAAGUUUGUCUUUUUUGGCAGCUGUGGCGGGCAACCCCCACUGA